AUGGGUCGCUCGAAACCCUCCCUCGCCGUUGUCCUCCUCUUUUCUCUCUCCGCAUUCGCAGCAGCAAUACCCCUCCACCACAACCCGCAACAACCCCUCGGUGCCUCGUCACCCCUCGCCGCAGUAUCACCCAUCUGCACUUGCGCUGACGCUUCUAUCCCUCACUGCGCCAGUCUUUCCCUUGGCCACGGUGAUAAUUUCUGCAUAUGCUUGAGCGGGGCCUUUGCGAUCUGUGGGGGGAAAGUUGAGCGUGAGCGUGAGCGUGGUGGGCUGGCCGUUGAGGAAGCCUUUAAAGUGGAGGCGAAGAACUCGAAACAUGAUGAUACAAUUGAACCGUUUACGCCGAGGUUUUGGUAUACCCUCACGGCGACGAUUGUAUUGGUGCUUAUCGGUGGAAUCUUUGCUGGGUUGACAAUCGGCAUCAUGAGUCUGGACACGACCAAUCUCGAAAUCCUUCGCAACAGCGGCACCGAACAGGAACAGCGUUACGCAGCCAAAAUCGAGCCCGUGCGCAAACACGGUCACUGGGUGCUCACCACUCUGCUCCUCGGAAACGUGGUGAUUAACGAGACGCUGCCUAUCCUGUUUGACAGUCUGGUUGGAGGCGGGAUCGCGGCCAUUAUCAUCUCGACGGGGCUGGUCGUGCUGUUUGGAGAGAUCAUUCCGAAUGCAAUAUGCGCACGGAAUGGAUUGGCUGUGGGUGCUGCUUUUGCGCCCCUGGUCAAAAUGUGCAUGUGGAUCAUGGCGCCGCUGUCGUGGCCGAUUGCUAAGCUGCUUGAUGCGCUACUUGGACACGAGGAGGGGACAAUCUACGCUCGUGCCCAACUCAAGACGCUGAUCCGCAUCCACGAAGUGAACCAAGAAGGAUCGAAUGGCUCAUGCGGAGACCUCAUACACGACGAAGUGGGCAUCAUCUCGGCGGUCUUGGACUUGAAGGAUAAGAGCGCAAAGCAGAUAAUGACACCGCUGGACGACGUGUUCAUGAUGGAGAUCAAUCAAGUUAUCGACGUGCAGAUGAUCAAGGAGUUGAUCAGUCGCGGCCACAGCCGAAUCCCCGUCUACCAAGGCGACCGCUCGAACCUCAUCGCAAUUCUCCUCGCCAAGCGUCUGAUCGGAUACAACGUCGAAAAAGCAAAACGCAUCAGCGACGUGCCAUUAACGUAUCUGCCCAUUAUUGAUGGCGAAACAAAUCUGUUUGAUAUGUUGAAUUUCUUCCAGGAGGGCAGGAGUCAUAUGGCGGCGGUUGCCAUGCGUGUGGAUGGCAGCACGGAGCGGGAGGAUGAUGGGAAGGCUGAACGGGAGAUUUUGGGCGUAAUCACACUGGAGGAUGUUAUCGAGGAGCUUAUUGGCGAGGAAAUCAUCGAUGAGACGGACGAGUAUAUUGACGUGCACAGCAAGAUCCCCGUAAAACGC